AUGUUCUUUCCCACGAGGGGAAAACGACGUUUAUCAAAAGUCGACAUUUUCAUAUGCAGAAGAAGAGUCGGAAAGAUAUUCAUGUUACAACAAGGACGUAUAACAUUUCUGGCAGGUCUCUCUCAUUCGAUCCUUUUCUCAAAAUAAAGAAAAAAGAGAAAAAAAGAAAGUAUACCAUAUUUCGCGUUACGACGUCAGUCUACCGACUAAAUCACAAACAGUUCGCGAACGAGAAAUACGUAAGUAUUUUACGUAAGUAUACGCAAGUAUUCCCUUACCUUAUGGAUCCUCGUGAACAUUGCUCGUUCUCGCAGUUCCCUGGUCCGAGAGUUCAGCUCCGCUGUCGGUUCGGUUCAUGGAGGGUAGGCGACUCGAAAAAUCGCGAGGACACCUGACAUUCCGGGCAAGCACACAACAGCGCGCGCACAACAGACGCGUACUCGUCGAUCAUCCGAUCGCAACUGCAGCCCUUCGGCGUGCCGGUGCCGGUGCCGGUUCUGUUGCCGCUGAGAAAGAGAGGGAGGGAAGCGACGGCGAGCGAGCGAGACGAACGGAUGCAAAAAGAAGAGAAAAAAAGAAAAAAAAAAGAAAAAAAAAAGGAAAAAAGGUGAACAAGAAAGAGGUGUUAUCGAGACGAACGAGAGCCUCCCGCUGUUCCUCCAGCCAGCCACGUUUCAAACUGACCGUCACUAUUGUGUAUCUCACGUAUGUACGUACCGGCGUAUACUAAACGCCACGCGAAACGCGUCUUUGACAAAGGCCAUUACUCUCGAGCUACGAAUUGAAAGGAGACUGAGGAUCGUUCUCACGUGAGCUCUCCGAGCUACGAAGUGUGCCUUGCCCGAAAGAUUACGUAUAUACGUCACCCUUUCUUUCGACUGUAUUUUUCUUUCUUUUGUUUUUUUUUUUUUUUUUACUUCCGUAGCUUUUGCGGCUCGAUUCCCCUUUUCCUUUGUCCGUCAAUCACCGGGGAACACCACGUGCAAACCGCCAAUGCGUACCGGCUCGGCAACCGUGCUCUGUAAAUACACGCAAAAAUACGUGCAUGCGUGCGGGAGCAAAGUCGCGCCGCGCAUGCGUUGCACACGCAUCCGCUGCGUGAGUACAUCGGCCAAACAACCCCCUCUCGGGGUGUAGGUGCUUGUGUCGGUGCUCUUCAACCCCUAUGACUACCCCCUCCAUUCACAGAGCAAAUCCCCUCGACUACAAGGAUACCUCCCGGUGAACCCCUUAAUCAAUACUCGCCGUUCUCUGCCGGCCAGGAACUACUAUCCUUCGUGUCCUCCUCCCUGGACCAAUUUCCCAGCUGCCUUUCUAUCGCCUUCUCAAUUCGGCAAAGAGGAAUUCUAUUUCUCCUCGCGUAUGCGUACAUGUUGUUCCAUGCUCCAUGUCUUCUUGAACUUUGACGCCUUUGAGAAAUGAAAUGUGUUAAAUGGAAGAAAUAUAGAAGAAAGAAUCAGAAGGUCGACUGAUAACUGUGUAUAAUAUGAAGUAAAUAGAAGAGAAUGAAAUACUCGCAACAAAGGGGCAUGGUAAUUAGAAUUAAAACGAUGCACCGUGCGUAAAGAAUGUUUUGAGGACGCGUUGAGUCCCCGAGGUAUAACGUUACGACCCUGUGAAUUAUUUUAUUAACCACCCAGUUGCUGGGAUGUGAGGGAUCUCUUUUCGUUCAGCAGUUGCACAAUAUAUCGUAAAAUAUUAUGACGUUUGCUCGGCGAAGUAAGCAUACAUUGGCAAUGGUACUUCGGCAUAUGUUUUCCUUGAAAUUUAAUAACUUAAUUUGUCAUUGAGAAAAUAGUUUCCCCUUUGUUAUUGAAAAAUACCAAAAUUCCAUUAUUCGUGAUUAACUGCUGUCAACUUUCAACUUUCUGAUUAAAGUAAAGGGUGCCAUAGUCCACGAAUUAUUAUUAGCCCUUUUUAUAGAGAGCGUCAAGUAUACUUGGGGGUUGGAAAACGUGUCUACACUGCCGCGCCCAAGUAUACUCAGGCGUUUAAAAAAUCCUUCAGCAGCCUGAGGUUUCCAAACGGUUUAACCUGUUUAUCGCAUUAUCGAAAUCGAACCCUAGAAUUAGACAGAGACGUAAACCAUCAAAGUCCAAAAUUAAGAUUGUACUUAAUUUAAUUGAAAGGAGAAAAGAUAAUAAUAAUAAUAAUAAUAAUAAUAAUAAUAAUAACGAAAUGUGAGAAAUAUUAAUUAAAUUUACGUCGUGUGUUUAAGACGAUGAAUACCAAUUUCACAAGAGAUAUGGUUAUCUCGAAAGUACGAGAUAGCGUGCAUUUACCAAUUCCGUGUAUGUCUCGUCUUUCUAUCAUGUGUAUUCCAAUUCAUCGUGGUAAUAUCAGAUAAUAUUAUUCUGCAGGAAGCGUUUAUUACCUGUAAAUAUUUGAAAUCAGUUCCAAUGUGAGAUAAUAUAUGUACAAUACUGUGUGAAAGAAAAAACAUUAUACUAUAACUAUAUACACUGGAUCAUAAUGGACUCUAAUGAUCUGAGGAUAAAGAUAAGAAUAAAUGUAAAAUGGAAACGAUGAUUUGUCGGUACCAGGAACCACCGUUGUCGUGUCUAAGAAGCCUGUCCUAAGCUCUACCAUGCACCGAUUAUUACAAUAUAUAUUGAUCAUAUUAUUUGAUGAAAAGUUAUUUUAAACGUACGAUUUUCAAAAUCAAUUUCCUUGCAAUCUUGAUAAAUUAGUUUCAUUUAUUAUUCCUUUCGGUGAAGUUAAUAUUGAUACGAUUCGAUAAGCUUGAAGAAAUUAGGAUCAUGCUAAUUCGAUCCUAUUGUAAUAUUUAUUUCUUGGUCUUCUUCCGAAAAUACUUACACCUGAAAAUAUACAUAACAUAGUUACAUGCUUCUGAGAUUCAUCCGCCACUCUAUAGAUAGCGCCACUGUAGGUUUAAAGUUUAUGGUUUAAAGUUUUGAAUUCACGAGAUAUAACAAGAUAAAAAUAUUUUAAACAUGUGAUAUAUUUGAAAUAAUUGUUGAAUUUUGUAUCUUAGUGAUCGGUUUGAUAUUUUUUUACAAAGGUUUCUGUUUUAUUAAAUGACUGAUGAUUUCAUCCAACACAUGGUCUGGUUUAAAACUAAUUUCAAGGUUAUAUUUCUUACGAAUAUAUUACGUUUUUUUCCUUGUUACCUAUAAAUUAGUUAUUAUUUACAACUUAAUUACUUCAAGCUGAGCCAAGUGUACGGGCGAUUUCAUUAUUAAUCUAAAAAGUUUUGUAAAAUAAUAUACAAGUGUAAAAUAGAAUAAAAAUGGCAUCGAAUGAAAUCGCCGAAAAGGUCAACUCCGAAAGCUAUAUCACGUAAAUACUUCAAGAUUUAAUGAGAUAGAUACCUUUUUAAUUAAUACAAUAUGAGUGUUGCACUUUUAUAGUGAACAAACCGACAAAAGGACAAAUUAUUUGGAUUGGGACAACUAUUUCAUGGCUAUGGCUUUUCUAAGCGCGAAACGUAGCAAAGAUCCUAUUACUCAAGUUGGUGCGUGUAUAGUGAACGAAGAAAAGCAAAUUGUAAGCGUUGGAUAUAAUGGAAUGCCUACAGGUUGCAGUGAUGAUGUAUUCCCUUGGUCCAAAGAUUCUGUCGAUCCAUUAGAAAGAAAAACUUUCUAUGUGUGUCAUGCAGAAGUUAACGCCAUUUUGAACCGGAAUUGUUAUAGUCUUAAAAACUGUACCAUGUAUGUUUCUCUUUUUCCAUGCAAUGAAUGUGCCAAAAUAAUAAUACAAUCUGGAAUAAAAUCAAUUAAAUAUGUAUCAGAUAAAUAUGCAGAGAAGAAGAAAACUCAAGCUGCAAAAAGAAUGUUUAACGCUGCAGGUGUUACAUACAGUAAAUUUUCUCCAACAUACGAAAAGUUAAUAAUUGAUUUUACUGAAAUCGAUUCUGCUGAAAAUAAGAAAAUAAGCAACGAAGAUGAAAUAGAAAUGAAACUAGAAAAAUUUAGCAUAGCAUAAAAAUUAUAUUGAAUUUUUUUAACAUAAACAUGACUGGGUAUUCAUUUACUCGAGAACUGAUUACCAUUAUUUACAUGCAAAACUAAAUUGAAUACAGACAGAAAGAAAGAAUACCCUUCUUAUUUUAAAUUUUUACAAGCCUAUCUUUAACUUUAACAUUAAUCAUACAAUAUUAUGGAAAAUAAAUAAAACAAUGUACAGAAAGCGAAAGAAUUUAGCAAUAAUACAAAGACCUUAUGCAAUGUUAUCAAGGUGUAAUAUUGUCGCAAACGAUGUACUGUACAAGUGUAAACAGUGACACAACCAAAUAUGGCAUAAUAGAAAUAUGUAACAAGUAUAUAUCAUUUCUUCGUGAUAGAAUGAUAUUUUAUCAUUUUCAUGAUAAAAUAAUAUUUUAAUAUCUUUUUACAAAAUGACUGAAGGAAGGGCAAUUGUUGAUACGUGAUACAAUAUUUUCAUGUUGACUUGUUAUUAAUAUAACAACAAACAGAAAUUGAACAUAGUUUUGAUAUAAUGAUAAUGAUACGUUUAUGUACAUAUUAUACAUAUCCAUGUUUUUGUCUUUAAAAUAUUACUUUAUUUGCGUGUAGUCACAGCUAUAAUGAAGAAAAGUUAUAUAAAGAAAGUAAUUACACUUGAUAAUUGAAUUCAUCACAUAGAAGAAUAUUUAAUGCUGCAAAAAUAUAUGGAUAUUUUGUAUAUAAACAAAAAUAUUAAUAUCCUUUAAUAGCAUAAAUUUGAACUAUUUUUACACAAAUUAUAAAUUGUAGCAUAAUAAUGCAGAAAGUAUAAUAAUUGCUUGUUACAAAUGGCAGUAUAUUACUUAAAAUAGUAAAUAAUUAUAUUUAAAUAAUCAUUAGCAUUAAUUAAUUAAUUUUUUUUAUUUAUUUUAAAUUCUUUCAAUUAGACAAAUUAUCUUAGAAGUUAAUCAUAUAAACAGUUUUGUAUGAAAUCUAUAUGAUGAAUUCAUUUACAUGAGGAAAUGGAAGAGGAUAUGGGCUGAGGUACCCAUGUUUAUCGUUUGCUCGUACAAUUAAAUGAAGGACUUAAAGGCAAAUUUGAACUGAAUUUUGAAAAAUUGAAAAUUAAUGUGCAAUUCUUAAUCAACAUUGUUUAUUUCGAAAAUUUGAUAAUUAGUUACGAGCGGAAUAGAAAUUUUUAUAGUAAGGUAACAACCUCCGAUAAAGAUUGGAGCAACUAAUAUAUUAUUUUUUUUUUUAUAAUAUUUUCUUUACAGUACACUAAAAUUUUUUUGUAUAAUUAUUAUAUUUUGGGAAAAAUAUAUAUAUACAUAUAUAU